UUUAUAAUUUUAUUAUUGGUGAUUUUCUUCCUAAUUUUGGACAGUCCUGUUUUAUAAAAUCAGCACUCGUUUUGGUCACCCCUGGAUGCGAAGCUCCUCUCUGUCAAAUCCGUCAUUCGAGUGACGGGUUUCGCGUUGAAAGGAUCUGUGCGUCGGUCGUCCGCUCGCCAAUGCGGUUUUUCUCAGUGUAAACAAUUGAAAACCGUCCGGAAACAUGACCAUCAUCGUGUUUUUGAUCGACACGUCCGCUUCGAUGUUCCAAAGGACGUACAUUGGAGGUAGGACUACAAUGCUGGAUGUGGCUAAGAGUGCUGUGGAGACUUUUGUUAAAAUUAGACAAAGGAGUAUAGACAGCAGGAUUGAUCGAUAUAUGUUAUUAACUUUUGAAGAAACUCCUAACAACAUUAAAGCUGGAUGGAAGGAGAAUCUAGCAACAUUUAUGAAUGAACUUAAAAACUUGCAAUGUAAUUCUCUGACUACAAUGGGUGUUGCUGUUAAACAAGCUUUUGAUAUUUUAAACAUUAACAGAAUGACUUCAGGUAUUGAUACUUAUGGUCAAGGACGGUGUCCUUUUUAUUUAGAAACUUCAGUUAUUGUUCUUAUCACUGAUGGUGGGAAAUUAACUACAGUGAAUGGAGUACAAGAAGAAUUUAAUUUGCCUAUGCACUCACCAAUACCAGGCUCUGAAAUGACCAGGGAACCAUUUAGAUGGGACCAAAGACUAUUUGCUUUAGUUUUAAGAUUGGCAGGCACACCUGCAGUGGAAAGAGAUACUGGUUUGGUUCCCAGUGACAGUUCUCCAAUUGAUGCUAUGUGUGAAGUAACGGGUGGCAGAUCAUACUGUAUAACGUCGCACAGAAUGUUAAAUCAAUGCAUCGACAGUUUGGUUCAGAAAGUACAAAACGGCGUCGUUAUUAACUUUGAAAAAAUCGGGCCGGAUCCACCCCCGCUGGACAAAGACGACAAGGACGACGUGAAUGCGAAGGACAGAGACGAGGCGGAACGAAUGCAGGCACCGGCUCCGCCUCUCAACACCUCUUGGCACAACUGCAGGAAAAUGAUCUACGUGCCCAAAACGCAAAAACCUUACAGUUUAGGGUUUUGGCCAAUUCCAGAGUCGUUCUGGCCGGAGAUAACCGCCUCAGUGUUGCCACCAAGGACUGCCCACCCGAACGUAAAGUUCGCAUGCACGAAUUCGGAGCCGAUGGUUAUUGAAAAUUUGCCCUUCGACAAAUACGAGCUGGAACCGUCGCCUUUGACACAGUAUAUUUUGUCGAGGAAACAACCGAAAACGUGUUGGCAAGUGUUUGUAGCCAACAGUUACAAGAAUUCAGAGGUGGGCCAUCCUUUUGGUUAUUUGAAAGCUUCGACGAAUCUGAGCUGCGUCAACUUGUUUGUCAUGCCUUACAAUUAUCCAGUUCUGCUGCCAUUGUUAGAUGAACUUUUUAAGACUCAUAGAUGGAAGCCAACGAACGAAUGGAGGACUCAGUUCCAAAACUACACGAGAACCCUUCCAGCUUACUAUGUAGUGCCUUUACGACGAGCUUUAACUCGAAUGGGGACGCCCGUAGCCCUCGCUUCAACCCUUCUACCUGAAAAUACUGAGAACUUUUUGAGCUACAAUGUGAACAAUUAUCUGAAACGAUUGAAGAACCAAGCUAAAGUAGAAUACGACAAGCUUUGUGCUGAAAUCAUUCAACGACAAAGCAAUGCAAACGGAUUGAAGACGAACUUCAAUAAUCCGGAGCAGAUAAGAGUUUCGGCGAAAGUAACCUUAAGAAAGGAGCUGGUUACGCAUCCAAUGUUGGCGGAUAAAUUUAAUGCUCUCAAGGAUCAAAUUCCUGAACAACCGUCAGUGUUCAUCGCCACUUUGGACAAGGAACGCGCCUCGGUGAGCUUCAAGAACCCAUUCGACAUCCCCAGACACAGACUGAUACAACAAGUAGUCAGAAUGAGGAAUAAUUUCCUGCAACCGGAUUGGAUAUCGUUAGACCAGGAUGCCGCUCAUUCUCUACCCAUUUCUCAAAUGGGCAACUAUCAGGACUAUCUGAAAAAACAGACGCCACAACUCAGGGAAAUCGAAUCGGCGCCGGUUCGGCAACACAUGUUUGGCAACCCGUUCAAGAUUGACAAGAGGAUGAUGGUGGACGAGGCCGAUAUUGAUCUGGUGGGUUCACCGGGAACGAACAGGAACAACAAGAGACCCAACCAGAACCAGGACACAGGAAGGUUACCUUGCAAAAGGAAACCAGGUCCUUUACCUAAGAACUUCAGUAUUAAGAGGCCUUCCUUGGACUUAACUCCGCCAAGCAGUCCAGCUUAUGUUUCGCCACAGCCUUCUCCAAUACCGUGGUUUAAUUUAGACAAAGACGUGCAACCGUUAGUGGUGGAUGACCCACCCGUGAUCGUGAACGGUUCCGAAAGUCCGGCUUCUAUGGACAGAUCGCGGUCGCCUUCGCCAACUUUGGAACUACCUGCACCUGCCUACAGUACUAACAAUAACAACGACAUGAAUUACCUACAUAGAAAUUCGACGAUAAAUAAUAGUUAUGCGACUGCCAGCAUAAAUGACGGUCCCACAACUGUAACGACUAAUUCGCUGAACGAUGUUUAUGUUAGUCCUGUUAUUAAUAAUGAUAAAGAUAAGGAGAUAUCAAUGAUACUCAGGGAAUCAAACUCCAAUUCAACGGGAAAUUGUAUUUUACCCAAUAGUAAUAGUACCAAUAGCAAUAAUAUUGCAAAGUCUCCUAUCCCUGUUGAGCCGGUAAUCAAAGAGGAAAAGGAGCCUGUGGUCACGUGGAAUCCGGAAGAGGUAGCGGCAGAAAAUUUCGAAAUAAGAAAGUAUUUAAAUAAAUUGGUGCGGAAACCGGGUAAAGACUUCAGUGAACUGUUAGAUAAAGUAAAGACACUUAAAGGAGAUUGUGAUUGCCAAGUAGACAUUAUAAAGUUAGUUAUUAAGGAAUCUCUCAGGUUCAAGAGGCAAUAUUUAGCAUCAGUGUUGGAAAGUCACAUACAGAGUUUGUUGAGUAGGAACAAAUGAUUACGACUCUGAUAAAGGCUUUGAAACAUCCCAGUGGAGCCUGUAUGAUUGUUAUAAUGUAUGGCUAUGUGUUGAAUUGCGUUUUCUCUUGUUAAUACAUAUUACAAUCUUCCAUUACCUUACAUUGAUUUUGCAAUGUUUUAUUUAGGACUGAUACUUAUCAAAAUGGUACAAAAAAUCAUAUAAGGUUAUGAAAGUUUGUGAUAAUUUGUUUAAUAAUCAAAUAAGAAUGCCUUCUCAAAGGUAUUGUUUUUGUUUUGUAAAAGUUUCUUUUUAAUUUUAAAUGAUGAGAAGAGGCUUUGUUGUAGCCUUAUGUUCAUCAGAAUAAAUACUGUAAAUAUUUUUUAAUUAAGAAUAAGACAAAUUUUGUAUCAACCUCCAUUUUGUAAAUUUUUCACAAUGCGAUGUAUUAAAUUAUUUUAUAAAAUUUUA